GCGCAGGCAAAUGUUGGGUAUUUUAGGCCAUAGAAACACCAAUAGGGAGGGGAUUGAGAACUGGAGGUUGAAAAGGAAGUGAAGUUGCAGACAGUACUUGUAACCAAUUGAUCCCAGCCGUCGGUUCCUAUUGGUGGCUCUAAACAAAAGUUCAAAACUUUGGCUCCAAAAUUACGACUUCCCUUCCCGUCACUUUGCCCUUACAUUACAACUCUCACCAACCGCUCUCCUUCCUCCAGGCUUCAAGUUCCAACCUUUCCACUAAAAACGGAAGGAAGAAAUAAAAGGGUAGCCAAAUACCUCUUUGUCUCUUAGGCAGAAAACCCAAAAGCAGGCAGAAGAAUGCAAAUUCAAACCCUGUUCCAUUCUUCCUCCAACACUCGACUCCACUCCCUAAACCCAAAAGCUGCAAUCUUUACCAAAAGCCCAUAUCGGGUUUACUCUCCUAGGAUCUUGCAAUUGCGGCAGUCGCCUUUGCUUCCUUCAUCUUCAUGCGUUUUGAGGUCAAGACGUAGACUUUCGACAUGCUGCAUUAGCCCAGGCCAGGAACUCUUAGUCAAUGGCGUGGUUGGAGAGGUUAAGAGUGAAGUUGUUUCAGUUCUUCCAUCGUCCGAGGAAGAGGGAGAACCAGUGAGUGGGAAAGGGGUUGGAUUGGAGAGCCAGGGCUUGUGGGAGCAAAUGAAAGAGAUUGCGAUGUUCACAGGGCCUGCAGCUGGGUUAUGGAUUUGUACCCCUUUGAUGAGCCUCAUUGACACCGCUGUUAUUGGACAAGGAAGCUCUGUUGAGCUUGCUGCUUUGGGUCCAGGGACAGUUAUGUGUGACAACUUGAGCUAUCUGUUUAUGUUUCUUGCCAUUGCUACUUCAAACAUGGUUGCCACUUCUCUUGCCAAAGAGGAUAAAGAAGAAGUCCAAUACCAACUGUCCGUGUUGCUUUUUAUUGGCUUGACUUGUGGCGUCAUGAUGUUUCUCUUUACCAAGUUCUUUGGCCCAUCUGUUUUAACAGCUUUUGCCGGUUCAAACAAUUCCCACAUUGUACCUGUAGCAAAUACUUAUGUCCAGAUCCGAGGCUUGGCAUGGCCGGCGAUUCUUAUUGGAUGGGUUGCUCAAAGUGCAAGUCUCGGGAUGAAGGAUUCUUUAGGGCCAUUGAAGGCACUGCUGGCUGCUACUGCUGUAAAUGUAAUCGGUGAUAUAGUUCUCUGCUCAUUUCUUGGAUAUGGCAUAGCUGGGGCAGCAUGGGCAACAAUGGCUUCACAAAUCGUUGCAGCUUAUAUGAUGAUGGAUUCACUCAAGAAAAAGGGGUAUAAUCCAUACUCCAUCAGUCUUCCAUCGAUCGAUGACCUCAUGAAGAUAUUCGUGCUGGCUGGUCCAGUAUUUGUUAUGAUGAUGUCCAAGGUGGCUUUCUUCUCACUCCUUGUGUACUUCACUACAUCUAUGAGUACACUCACCUUGGCAGCUCAUCAGGUUGCGAUUCAAGCUUUCAUGAUGGGUACAGUCUGGGGAGAGCCGCUUUGUCAAACUGCACAGUCCUUUAUGCCUGAACUGCUCUUCGGAGUGAACCAAAGUUUUUCAAGGGCUAGGAUGCUGCUGAAAUCACUGAUGAUCACUGGAACAAUCCUUGGAGUAUCAUUGGGAGCUCUCGGAACUUGUCUUCUUUGGUUCUUCCCCAAUAUCUUCACCCCUGAUUUGGAGGUCAUAAGAGUGAUGCACAAAGUUUUGAUUCCAUAUUUUCUUGGACUUUCUAUAACACCUUGCAUUCUCAGCCUUGAAGGCACAUUGUUGGCUGGAAGGGAUCAGAGAUAUCUUGGCCUGACAAUGAGCGGAUGCUGUACUCUGGCUACAUUAGGAUUGAUGUUCGUUAGCAGCAGAGGCUAUGGCUUACUGGGCAUCUGGUUCACAGUAGUUGGUUUCCAAUGGGCUCGAUUCUUCCUAGCACUGCAACGCCUUCUUUCACCAAGCGGCAUGCUUUUCUCUCAGCAGCAGUUGAGUCGUUAUGAAAUGAAGGAGUUGAAAGCAGCUUAGCUUCAUAUUAUUAUCAAGAGUUUUGGUCGUGGACUUAGCAUACAUGUCAAUCUGUAAAUAUACUGUUGAUGAAAAGUUCUUUUACCUUGUUCAGAAACACAGCUAGUCAGCUACGGCUCCCAUGAUGGAGGGAAAAUGAAUUCUUACAAAAUGAAACAAACGCAACGACAAAGAUUUAAGAAGAGUACAUUUUUGCAUUUCAUUCAUUUGGCUCAAGUACAUAGUAUAGUAUGAGCGUAAGGCGAAUUCCUGAAUCCCCUGUUUCUCUCGUAUACAGAAUCAGUAGUCCAAAAACCAUCCACAUGGUAUCAGAAAGCUUUAUCUAAGCAUAGAUGCAAAAAAUGAUGAAUGCGGUGAUUUGAAACAUCAAACCAGCCUACUUCAUCCCAUCCAUCCCAGCUUUCUUUACUGAAAGAUGCAUCUCAGCUAAAGAAUUUGGACCGUCACCUUCUCGAUUUCUACCAUUAAAGUAUCGAUUCUUCAGUGGACAAAUCUCCAGCAGUAAUGUCACAGGAAUCGACUGUUCCCUCGACGUCCACGCCCGUUCGUUUUCGGUUCAUAGGAAUCAUGCUCAACCUUAAACGGUGGCCUGAAUGUUGGUUUGUUCGAUGCCCUCCUUACAUACAUUUUCCGAUCCUGCCGCCUCUUCUCUUCUGCCUUCAUUUUGGAAAUGCUCGGCCGAUAUAUGAUCACCGUUCGACCAAUUUGACUGACCACAAUGGAACCAGUUAGUUUCACCAGAUGCUGCACCACGUCCUCCAUCUCGCCUGGACAUGUUCUGUGUAUCUUAAUCUUGAGGAGUUCGUUGGCUUCAAGGGUCUCGAUGAAAGAGGUGGCGACAUUAUCUGUGACACCAGACUUGCCUACUAAUUGGGACUUGAGCUUAUCCCCCAAUCCAUGGGCGUAGGAAGCCAACUCUUUCUUCUCCUUCACACUCAAUUUGGGCAGGCUGGCUUGUUCAAUUCCCUUCGACCCACCGCCGCCGCCAUUGUUCACUUCCAGCUCUGCACUCAAUCCCUCGCCAUCCCCUUCUUCCUCUUCGUCGGAAUCAAGCUCAAUGUCAUCACUAAAACCCUCGUGGGCGUCGCCUUCCUCUACCUCGUAUUCACCAUCAUCUUCUUCGUAUUCCUCUUCUUCUUCAAACGUCAGAGCCGGCGAGACGGCGGAUUGAGGAGGGGAACAGAAGGAAUGAGUGGAUAAGAAGAGAGCGGAAUGGGACGGGAGAGGAGAAGCGGCUGCGGCAGAGAAGAGGGUGAUGGGUGUUUUCCGGCAACGGCGGUCAGAGGGACUAGGUUUUGAGCUCGCGGCGGCGGAGCGAAUUGAUCGGAAGAAGAAGCAAGGGGGGAACGGCGGCUGCCGUGGUGCUGGGUGGAGGAGUCGCUGAAGGAUGUGGGUAGUAGUAGUGGUGGAGGAGGUCAUCGCCGCCGCCAUUACAGUUUCGCUAUCGGCUUAUCCUAUUCCCAGCUUCAGCUCUUCCUUCUUCACAACAUUCCGAAAAACAGAGUGUGAUUUUCUUC